CGAAGCUAAUCGCUAACAGCUAAGACAACUGGCGAAGCUGUGAGCAGACUGCGUCAAAAACACAUUAAAAAUUCUUCACUUCGUCAAACGAACAACGUGAAUAAAACCAAGUGCUGUUCGUGCAAGUUAGGUUAGAGAGUCUGGGAAAUACAGGAGAUGUUAAUAAGUCUGACAUUGUGACAGGAAUCCCAAACUAACGCUGUGCAGGUGAGUUCCCGUCCAGGCACAUUGGUCCAUAUUUGCUGGACCAUUGGGCUCUGGGCUUAACUAGCUGGGGAAAAUGGCUGAUUUAGAGAAGACAGAGGAAUUUCUGGAUGCCGAAUCUCUCCCAGAGUGCCUUGAUGAAGCUCAAUCAGCCACAGCUUCUGUUCAAGGAGAACAAGACGAGCAUCUGAAAACAGAGACUACCACCAGUACCAGUUCUCCUCCAAGGGAAAAGGAAGGUGACAGUCCCCUGAAUACUGAGGGUGAACAAAGUCUUCUCUCCAUGCCAUGUCUGAUGAAGGAGCUUCGCCGUGACUCCCCAGAGUCCCAGCAAUCAUCUGCAGGGAGUGACAAACCUGUGUCACGUCACAUUUAUGAGAGUGACUCCUCAAACCCCUGCAUGCUCUCUCCUUCUUCCAGUGGCCACCUGGCUGACUCAGACACACUUUCCUCAGGGGAAGAAGGUGCUAAACCUCCUGUAAAGGAAGGGAAGGAGGGCAGUGUGGAAGCUGCAAAUGAUCCUGGUCUAAAAGCAAAAGGACAAACAUCUGCCACUGCUUCAGGAGGAAGGAAGUCUCGACGGUCGCAUUCAGAAAGUGAGAUGCCUCCAAAUGCAAUGGCUGCAAAGAAGAACCGUUGCCAGCUGACAGAGGCAGCAGCAGGGCCGGAGAAACAAACCAAUGGCAAGCUGGCUAAAGUGAAAGGUCACCGGAGCCAGAAACACAAGGAGCGUAUGCGCCUGCUGAGGCAGAAACGAGAGGCAGCAGCACGGAAGAAGUAUAACCUGCUGCAGGACAGCAGUACCAGUGACAGUGAGCUCACCUGUGACUCCAGCACCAGCUCAUCAGAUGACGACGACACUUCCGGAGGUAGCAAGACAAUCAAGACCGAUAUUCCAGACGGGCCUCCAGUAGUGGGUCACUAUGAUAUUUCAGACACUGAUUCUAACCAGGAGAGUGUGAGUGUGGCGACAGUUCGGCCUACGGUGAUAAGGCAUGAGCUAAAAACACACAGAGGCCAGGAUAUGGCAGCACACUCUGUGUGUAUAAGAGCUCUGAGCUCUAUCUCAGGCCGUGUGGAGGCAGAGCUGUCGCACAAGGAGAGCUCUCAGCACAAAGGCCAGAUUAAUGUUGCUUCCUCUGACAGUGAGGUGGAAAUAGUUGGAGUGCAAGAAAAAGCACGGUGUGCCCAUCCAUGUGGAGGGGUGAUAAAGAGUUUGUCUUCCUGGAAGGAGAGCUCAGUGGAGCAGUUAAACAGCACAAAUCAGUCUCAGCUCUGGACUGCCGUUUCACCUCGACCUAACUGGGUGUCCCCUCCCGAAGUGGUGGACCUCACCCUGGAUGAGGACGCCGCGCAAAAAUAUCUACUUUAAACAGCUCAAACACCGAAAACUCGUAGUUUUCCUCCUUGUAUCCAAGUUUAGGCUGAAAUCCUUUAAAAUUUGCAGCCACCUGCAGCUGCUCGUGGCCUCCUCCCGCUCCAGAGCACUUUUUGUUUUUAACUUUGUGUUCAACAGUCGUGUAUCAAAGCCAUUCUACUGAUGUGAUUCCCUAUUUUUAGCUUGUUUGCUCCAAGUUCAGCAGGAAUGAAACGGCACAGCACUGUAAGUGCAAGUGGAAAUGUACAAGAGUGAUUUAUCUGUUAAUUAUAGCAAUACCUCUAUCACACCUCACUAAUGUACGUAGUCAUCCCAUGUGCUCUUAAGCUGUAAAGUGAGAACUUCACGCUGCUUAACAGCAGGUUAUUGUCACAACCUGGCUAUUGGCCUGCUUCACUACAGACUAUAGGUGUUUUCAAACCAGAUUUAGCAUUUUUACCUGCAGUAAAAAAAAAAAAAAGGCUGCAGCUGAUAUGUUUCCAUUGUACAGUUCAGUAGAUUAUGAAUAGAUUUUGUUUAGGGGCAAUUUUGGGUUCAACACUGGAUGAGCACAGAAAUCGGUCUGCAUUCAUAGCUUGCUUUGCACAGUGUCUAAAAUAGGCACAGCUAUUUCUAAUGCUGACAGAACAUGUUUGGAUUUAUCUUAAUAGAGCCAAUAAAUAUUAAGAGAAAAAAAUAUAUAUAUAUAUAAUCACUGAAAGUUAAUUGAGUUGAACAAAAUUCACCUAUUUUCAGGGUUCUAAGUGUUUUUUUUUUUUUCAAUGCAAACUUUUAAUGAAUAAUUUGAUGACAAGUUGAAUAGGUUUUAAUCUGAUUGGCUGAUGAGUUUCUAUUUGACAAAUACACGCGAGUGUUGGUCUUAUUUGUUGAAUAAUCUUCACAAGUGUGCAAAUAAACAUUUCCUACAUUUUGUUUAGUUACAUUUGUAGGCUUUGUUUCUGCUGUUACAGGAAACCACUGUUUAAACUCCCGUUUUGUAUGAAUCUGUAUAUCAUUCACACACUUCAGACACUAAAAAACUGGUUCAUUUUCGCCACAUUCUCACGAAAUCCUAGUAGUGUAAUUGCAAAAGUAAAUUUCAGUUUAAAAUGUAUCGAAGCACAUUUUUGUCUAGUUUUGGUGAAUGUAUGACCUUGCAGUGCUGGAUGGGUGGUUUUACUCUUGUGUUUAUUUUGAAUAGCUGGAAACUCUUAAAAACUCUGGGGAACCCUUUUUAAUAACCGAGGAAAUGUAUCUUCCUUUGAGUACUGCAAAGCAAGAUGGCUUGAAUGCCUUUGAACUGUGCACUAUUUUUUUCUUUUAGAAUGGUAAAAAGCUUAUUUUAAAUGACAAAGUAGAGCAUUUUUUUCAGUCUCACAUGUGUGUAUUUUAAUAUUUGCAAAACAAGCAUAAAUAUCUAUAUAUAUAAAGUAUAAGUAGUGUUGAGUUUGUGCUCGUGUGUGGGGAGCUGUGAGACAUUUAGUGUGUGUGUGUGUUUGUGUGUGUGUGCUGUUUUUACCCUGUUCCUCGGGGCCUUCCUCGUUCCCUAUUUUGUCCUCGAACAGCACUGCGGCCAUGCUGGUCAGUUUUUACGAAUAUGCAAAAUUUACAAACUCUUUCUAAUUGCUUCUAUUAGACACGGGAAAACAAGUUUCUUUUCACUGAUGCUUCAGGAUGAAAGAAAUGCAUUAAUUUCUGCAGGUCACAGAAAGGGAAAACUAUAAAAAUCUAAACCAAAGUCCAAGUGGAGGAUGUGUUUUUCAUUUUACUGUAAACUCCCUUUAUCUAAUUUAAUUAGAAAAAAAUCUGUACUUUUGUUUAAAGAUGUUUUAAAUUCAAUUUUUUUUUUUUUUUUUUUUAUCAUUUUUGGCCAGUUUUUUCUACCUGCCUCUAUAUUAACUCUGUUAGAUCGGUUCUGCUUCACAAAAUCUACUACUGCUACACGGGAUUACUUUUGGUAAAACAUCACUUAUUAUUAAUGAUAUGAGUGAACAAAUCUGGGCAAGGAUGUAUGAUUACUGUUGCACAUUGCUUGUUAAAAUGCAUAUUUUAGCCUCAGUUGAGACAUUUUAUUCGCUACCUGCAAUUCAGCCUUUGCUCUUUUGUUUUUGAUUCUGUUUGACUGUCAGUAUUUUAUUCUAACAAAAGAAAAAGUUUAUUUUGUUGCUUCUGCAGGACCCUGACUUCCUUGAAAUCAAAUCUGUAGAACAAAAAGAAACUAUUUUAAGAGUAAAUAAAUAGUGUUAUUUAAUGA